AUGUUACGGUCUUUCAUUCUUUUGAUAAUGAUUCUUUCAUCAUGCAUUCUUGUUAUCGAUGGUACCCCUGUUCAACCUCGGGCCAAAGUGGUGAAAGAGAUAAAAAGUGCUUUAUUUAAAGGUAUAGGGACUUACUAUGAAGUACCAGGUGUUGGUUCUUGUGGAAAAGAAGAUAAUGAUGAUGAAUUGGUUGUUGCAGUCAAUCAACCUCAAAUGAAAAAUGGUGCGAAUCCAAAUCAAAACCCAGAAUGUGAGAAAAAAGUAAUCAUCACGGGGGAACAAGGUAAAUCUACUACAGCAAGAAUCGUUGACACGUGUCCAACAUGCCCUCGAGGCAAUCUAGAUAUGUCACCUAAAGUAUUUAAAACUAUUUGUGGUAAUCUUGAAAAAGGAAAGUGUAAGAUCAAAUGGCGCUUUCAGGAUAACUAA